AUGUCAUUCCGAGGCGCCCCCAGAGGACGCGGCACAGGCGCCAAUUUCGGCGGCGGAGGUAGAGGCGGUGGAGGAUUUGGCGGUCGUGGAGGACGUGGAGGGUUCCAGCAACGAGAUAAUGGACCGCCGGAUGCUGUUCAUGAAAUGGGAACGUUCUUGCAUGCGUGUGAGGGAGAGAUUGUGUGCGAGUCUGUGAAUACUAAGAUUCCGUAUUUCAAUGCUCCGAUAUAUCUUGAGAAUAAGACUGCAAUUGGCAAAGUCGACGAGAUUCUGGGUCCUAUAAACCAAGUUUAUUUCACAAUCAAACCCUCAGAAGGCAUCCAAGCCACCUCCUUCGCCUCCGGCGACAAAUUCUACAUCGGCGGCGACAAGCUCCUCCCUCUCGAAAAGUUCCUCCCAAAACCAAAACCACCACCCGGAGCACCAAAACCCAAGCGCGCAGGUGGAGCCAGAGGUGGACGAGGAGCGCCCAUGCGUGGUGGACGAGGCGGAGGUCGCGGUGCGCCUAGGGGACGUGGGGGAUUCAGUGCUGGAGGACGAGGGGGUUCCAGAGGUGGAGGCGGGUUUUCGAGGGGUGGUAGUGGGUUUACGCCUAGGGGACGAGGAGGUGGAAGAGGUGGGGGGUUCUCGAGGGGACGAGGUUAG